GAAUGUGUGUGUUGGACAUAAAGAUAUAUUAUGUUGGCAUAGCACAAUAACUGUGUCCUGUAAUAGCACGUCAAUUUUUUUUAUAAUUUUUUAUUUCUAAUACAUUGCUGUGUUGAAUGUCCUCCACAUUUUAGGCUGGAGAGCAACAGUCUGGUCAGGUGGUAAUUGACAUAUCAGACAUGAUUGGACUACCUCAAUCUACCCCUACAAAGAGCCAUGACACCAGUGUGAGACAGUCCACAUCCAAGAGCCUGUCCUUUGGCCUACCAUUAACCCUGACGAGUCCAGAACCAGCUGUGGUUAGACCACGUACCCAGCGUUCUCUGUCUGGCACAUACGUGGCCCGCCCUCCAACAUGGAAUCUUUCUGAGGAAUUGGGGGCUACAUCAGCAUCAUGCCUUCUCCCUCAUGCUGGUGCUGUAAUCAUUUCACAAGAAGAAGAGGAUUCUCUUCAAGAAAUGAGUACAAGUUUUGGAGAAUGGCGAUUAGACGACCCAAAGGAUGACCCUAAGGACGACAGCUACAAGCCACCAAGUGACACCUCCCCAUCAGACUCAGGCUCGGCCUCUACAUCCAGCCAUGGCUCAAUAAAUGGAUGGUCAGAGAGAAAGUGGAUAGUCGAUGAAUCGAGCAUAAUGCAAAUGUUUCAAACUUGCUGCCUUUGUGGAAUGCCCGUGGCAGAGAGGAAAUCAACCAAACACGGUAGCCAAUUAAAAAUCCACUGGACCUGCCUGCAAGGACACAAUGGUUUAUGGCAAUCAUGCCCAGACCAGAGGAAGAUGGGCAGAAAUAAUUUACUCACCUCUGCCGCCAUAUUAUUCACCGGAGCCACUUAUACCGAUAUAAGAGACUGGGCAUUUCUUCUAAAACUCCAAAUCCCUGGCAAAACGCAGUUCUACUCUGUACAAUCGAAUUAUCUCAUCCCAGUCAUAAACCAUGCAUACAAAAAUCAGCAGGACCAGGUAAUUGAACGCCUGAAACAACUCGCUGACACAGAAGAAAAAAUUGCCUUGGCUGGAGAUGCGCGGUGCGACAGCCCUGGUUUCAGUGCAAAGUAUUCGACUUACUCCUUCAUGGAUGAUGCCACAAAGGAGAUCGUCCACUUUGAAUUAGUUCAGGUUACGGAGGCUUCCAGCUCAGUAGCCAUGGAAGCCAUGGGAUUCAAAAGAGGCCUCGAUCAUCUCCUGACCAUGGGUGUGGAUGUCGGUGUCAUCACUACUGAUAGAGCACCAUCUAUACGCAAAAUAAUGAGGGAGACCUACAACGACAUUCGCCAUGAGUUUGAUGCAUGGCACGUCAACAAGACUCCAGUCACGGAGAUGGUGAGGAGUGUGUGCGUCGCUGGAAAUCCCUGCUCCAACACAUUGUUGGCAUACACAGAUGGGAGGAAGCCGGCAUACAACAAACGUGCCAUCAUGCCCCUCUGA